UCUGUAGCAUACCUUGUAUUCUGUACAAUCCAUGUUAGUCACUGGCCUUAUGCAGGCAUCCGUAACAAUUACUUAACAUCGCAAUAAUGCACAAAUGAAAAAUGCUUUAUUUAGUGCUCUACAAUGUUGAGCAUUCCUAAUUCAAAAGAACUUACUUGCUCAUUAAGUAUCAUUUAAAGUUCAUUGCUACACACUAUGUAAGUUUAAAAUUUCUCUUAUCCCAUGAUCUUCAUACCCAUGUGUUUAAUAUUUAGUUUGUCCUCCAUUAGAUUCAGACAUUGCCAAAAGAAGAAGAUGAAGGAUCUGGCUGUAUUUUUCUUUGGCUGUGAGAGGACUGUCUUGACAUUCAAAUGGGGCUCUUGGAUGAAAAAUUGACACAACCUAGAAGUGUUCAUAACCAGCACACUCAAAAUUUACAGAGUGGUCUGCGAGAAGUAAUUACCAUGUUGCCUUCAAUUACCUGGACUCCAUCCAUGCUAUAGAUCCACAUGAUGAAUUAUAUUUGUUCUGCCUGCACUUUUAAAUGGUUCCUAUUCUCUACAAGUGCUCAGAUGUUUUCAGAACAGACAUCCUUUGUCAUCUGAGCAUUGUGUGUAAAGCCCAACAUAUUUAGAUUGGGGGUCAGAUGAAUACCUACAGUGUGGACAGGAUUCUAGACCAGGUAUCUGAUUUGUCUUUUUUCCCUUUUUGGAGUUCCACAGUUAUCUUACUUUAAAUAGUGCAUUACAUUUGAGCAUGCCAUGCUAACACACAAAGGCUCUGUUUCUGUGACUGGCACAUCUGACAGAUGGGCACCAAGCUAGCAAGGCCAGUGACAUUAACGCAAAGGACCGCUGUGAUAUAGUAGCCUAGUUGUAUUUUUUCCCAUAUUGCCACCUUGUGUGAAAUCUACUGCUUGCUAACCAGGAAUGAGUUACAGUGCAGUUGCUUGAGGUUCUUCACAUCUAAAAUUAUAAAACAUCCUGGCUACUUUAACAUCUCCAUUACAACAACAUGGUGGAAUACUAAUAAAUUAGCAUAUUAUGACAUGAACCCCUUUUUAUAUAUACCUAUAUGGCUUAAACCAGAUUUCUUAAUUAACAAAUAACUUUUUUCUAGAAUCGGAGAGAAAAGGGAAGCACACAUUUGCAUUGUCUGUUCAUUAACAGAAAAAUAUGACCUUUCAACAAUUGAAACAUAGAGACUCAGUUGAAUUCGGUAAAAUUCCCAUCUUUGUCGAUAGGCAGCGCUAUUGCUUCUUCAUAGUAAAAAAACGCCUCUUAAAAGCGUAUGCCUUACUUCUGUAUGUAAUCGGAGAAGUGGCCAGAAGUUAACCAGUAGAGUUACUGACACUAUAUUUCAGUGAAUUUUAAAGUAACGUAUUUAAAUGAAGAAUAACACAGGCCUAGCUGAAACCCCACAGUAACUACGUGUUGCAUCAUUCUCUUUUUCCAGGGUUUUUCUAGUUCCUGGUUUUUCAGCUGGCCGUAAGUCGUAAUGUAGUUCUCCUCAAGAGAAGGCAUUUUAGUUUUUACAGGUUAUACCCAGUCGUUUACUAACAUAUAACAGCCGCGAAAGGAAAUAGAAGAAGAAAAAAAACUUGAGGGUUUGUAGGUAGUGGACGUAUCUUGGGAUUUAAAAUGUCAAGAGUCUUGUUGAUGGCAAUGAUUUUUUUAAACAUAAGGAUUUGUUUGAAUUUCAAUUUGGGAUCAGAAGAUGAGCCGCCAGCGUCGACUGUGUGGCAGACUGUCCGCUCUUCUGUUACGCGUUUAGCCGAGGACGCGCAUGGUUACCUGGUGUCUUUAAUCGGCAAGCAAGCGGUCGACAUAUUGAUACAGACCGUACGGGAUGCUGUCAAAGUGACAUCGGAGGCCGUGGCUAAUGCUUUGAAUGUGGCGGGCGGAUACAUGUCUGAAAUUCUUGCCACAGCUGGAAUCGAUGCCAAUCUGCCUGCAAGUCGCGUCACCGCUGAUGGUGUGAUUAUCGUCCUUCGGUGGGCUUUGCUGGCACUGGUCUGCUACUGGAUUCUGUCCUUGGCAGUCAGCUUGCUUGCUGGGGUGCUGAAGGUCCUGUGGGACACACCAGGAAGCUGGAGU